AUGAAAUUGUCGUUUAAUGUGUUUUUUUCCGAUGAAGCAUUUUUAACCGAACAAGCCACAUCCACAGCAGUUACCAGCGAUGCUUCUACUGAGGCUACCACAGCUCCCACGACUGAGAAUGCAACAACAGUGGUAGCCUUGGACGACAUAUCUACCGAGUCCGCCAAUGAAGCACUGACUGUCAAUCACACAACGGAUCGAGUGUCAACCGAAGCAGUUUCCAGCAUUGCACCUACCGACCCAACCACUGAAGUAUUUUCAACCGGAUAUGCCACAUCUACAGCAGUUACCGGCGAUGCAUCUACUGAGGCUACCACAGUAUUUGCAACGGGACAAGCUGCCACCAAAGAAGUUACUGGCGAUGUAUCUACCGAGUCUACAACUGAAGCUUUGACGACUGAGAAUGCAAUGAGUACUGCAGCUAUAGGCGAUGUAUCUACCGAGUCCGGCACUGAAGAAUUUUCUACCAAUCAGACUACGGAUCAAGUGACAACCGAGGCAGUUUCCAGCAUUGCAUCUACCGACCCAACUACUGAAGCAUCACCAACCGAGCAAGUGACAACUGAAGUAGUUUCUGGCAUCGCAUUUACAGACUCCUCCUCUGAAGCACUUACGACGGAGAAUGCUACAACUGUAGUGAUUCUGGGCGGUGGCGAUGUAUCUACCAAUUCCGGCUCUGAAGCGUUCACACCCGAACAUCCUACCACUCCAUCAGAUUUGAGCGGUGUGUCAACCGAUGCUACCCCUUCAGCAUUCACUAUUGGAAAAGCUUCAUCCACAGCAUCCACCAGCGAUGUAUCAAGCGAGUCAGCCACAACAGCAUCACCAACCGAGCAAGUGACAACUGAAGUAGUUUCUGGCGUCGCAUUUACAGACUCCUCCUCUGAAGCACUUACGACGGAGAAUGCUACAACUGUAGUGAUUCUGGGCGGUGGUGAUGUAUCUACCAAUUCCGGCUCUGAAGGUAAUCCUUUUGAAUUUGCACAAAAACUUCAAAGUUUCAACGAUCUUUUGAAACCUUAUGUCAAAAUUUAG